ACAGGCAGCAGAAGUUCGUUAUUAAUACCAGGACUUCCUCCUGUCUGUUAGUCACCAGCCUACUGCUUCUACUCCCCGAGGCUCACAACGGGUUUACACGGAUAUUCCAUCCUAUCGAAAUGAAACGGAACUUUUACGGUACAAAACAGAACUGUUGAUUCAGGCGGACCCGUACCCUUCUUACCAGAGACGACGAUGUGAAUAAAAUGGAAUUUGCAGGAGUUAUUGGUGGAUUCUAGUGGUUACUGAACGGCGGGACGUGGUCGGACCAUACUUGGGUGGAGGAGCGGUUGGUCAACCAUGCUGUGGCCAGGUUUAACACAUUGGGUAGCGGCUGUGUUUCUCUUUCGGGUCGCCUCGGCGCAGUACUCCAGCGACCAGUGCAGCUGGAGAGGAAGUGGUCUGACCCAUGAGUCUCACUCCCGUGAUGUGGAGCAGGUAUACCUGCGUUGCUCCCAGGGCAGUCUAGAGUGGCUCUACCCUACAGGGGCCCUCAUCGUCAACCUGCGGCCCAACACGGAGCCCUCGUCCGGGGCUUCCCCCGGCCUGCACGCCUGCAUCAAGCCCCAGACAGACUCCCGCGGAUCCCACCUCUACCUGGAGAGAGCUGGACAGCUCCGCCUGCUGAUGUCCGAGAAAGAACAGUCGCAGGGCAGGGUGCAGUGUUUCUCCCUGACAGAGGGGGCGCUGUUCAUAGAGGCAGUGGGCCAGCAGGAUAUCAGCAGGAGGAUCACAAUCGUUCAGUAUGAACUGGUGGCCAGCCACGGACCUGGAGCUCACCUUUACCCUCAUCUCAACACUGGCACUGCCUCAUGUACACCCUGCACAGAUGACCAGGUCCUGAUGGCGGUAUGCACCAGCGACUUUGCGGGUCGCGGCAGUAUCCGUGGCGUUGACACGCCCUCGUCAUCAGACCACUCCUCCGUUGCCGUGACGCUGAGCCAUCUGUUUCAUCAGAAGAGCGGAGUGUUCUCUUGGGACGGAGCCAGAGGAAAGGGGUGGUCCGGACGUCUGAACACGCCCCUGCAGUGCCGGCUGCAGCCAGGGGAGGAGGGGGAGUUCCUGUUCACAGGGGCGGUACGGUUCGGAGAGGCGUGGCUUGGCUGCUCCCAGCACUACCGCCACUUUCUGAAACUCUACCGGACUGCCCUGGAGACAGGAAGUAAUCCCUGUCACAUGGACAUGAACACAGACUGAGGCCCGCCCAGGAGACAACCAAUCAGGGAACAGGUUUGGGAAACAAACUCAGCGAAUCGGGGACGUAGAGAGAGGGAGGGCUGGGUUACUGACUGGACGAUUGGUCGGAUUGACAGGGACCUGAUCCAAUCAGAGAGAGGAGGGAGGUCGUAAAGGGGCAGAAUAUUUUAAGUGACUGAGAGGUGAUUGGACGUGGUCCCAAGCCCUGCUAGCCGAUUUGGCUGAAGCUCUUACUGUUGCCUAGCAGCAAGGACCGUUGGACUGUAUCUGAACAGUUCUAAAGCCAACUGUCGUCCUAGAAUGUCUUAAGACCCUGCUGGUUUGUGCGCAUGUUUUGGAAAUGGGUGUAAAUAUGAUUAUUGUUGUAAUGAAAGUUUGCUUUGUGAAAAGCUUUAUGUACAGUUUAGAGGUUGUCUUCUGACAGAAGUGUACAGUGGGUUCUGCACAGCGUGUGUGUGAACUAGCAUGUGCACGCUAGUGAGGGUGUGAACGUGUGCGCACUAGCCUGUGAAUGUGUGUGUGCACGCGUCUGUGUACGCUAGCGUGUGUGGUUCUGCACUAGCGUGUGUGAACGUGUGUGCGCUAGUGAGUGUGUGUUAAAGUACAGUAGCACUCUGGCUCUCUGUUGUAGGGAAUAAACUCUCUUCCAGGAACAAGUCAUUCGA